AUGAGAAGAUUAAAAGAGCAACAAGGUGCAGUAUGUGAAUUUUUCUGGAAAACAACACUUGUCAGUUAUCCAAUAUCGCUUGCUGCACAAACAUCAUCAGUAUGGACCUGUGUGGCUAUUACUGUUGAUCGGUACUUAGCUGUAAAAUAUCCAUUACAAACUCGCGUAUGGUGUUCAACAUCACGUGCCAAAUUGGUCUUAUCAGUGAUAGCAACAGUAUCAUUCGUCUAUAAAUUACCAUCAUUGUUUGAAUUAACUCUAGAUGAAUGUGGUCGUUUAACUCCAACACCGUUACGUACUAACGGCCUUUAUAUCGUUCUAUAUAAUACUUAUGGUUAUUUAUUACUAUUAAUUAUCAUUCCUUGGACAACAAUGAUUGUCUUAAAUGUUAUCGUUAUCCGUUCAGUACAUCAAGCAUACCGUAUUCGUCGCUUUCUAAUAAGUCGUACCAGAAAUUUGGAUGAAGGAGAACGACACUGUACACUUAUGGCUUUUGUAAUGAUUUUAACAUUUAUUGCUUGUAAUUUAAUGGCUGGUAUUAAUCAUAUUAUUGAAGCAUUCUUUGCUGAAUAUUCCCAUUUUUUUCGUUUACGUUUACCAAUUGGAAAUUUAUUGGUAUGCGUUAACAGCGCUUCAAAUAUUUUUAUUUAUUCAAUAUUUGGUCGUAGAUUUCGACGAAUUUGUGCAGCUCUAUUGUGUCCGUGCAUUAUUAAUCGUAAUUGCAAACGUAUGAAAGCGCUUGGACUUGAUGAAUUAACAAAUCAAUUAUGGAAUAAACUUUCGAAUCAAACCGUACAA